AUGAGAAAUGUUGAUGGUGGAUUUUCCUCCUUUGAAACCAUGCGUGGAAGUGCCCUUCUGGAGAUGAUAAAUCCUGUAGAGCUUUAUGCUGGCUGUUUGGUAGAUCAUACUGUUGUGGAAUGUACAUCAUCAGUAAUGAAGGGACUCAGACAUUUCCAGAAGAGAUUCCCAGAUCACCGGGCAGAUGAAAUCAGUGACACUCUUAAUCAAGGUUUGCAGUUCUGUCGCAAUACACAGAGAGCAGAUGGCUCCUGGUAUGGGGUAUGGGGCUUGUGUUUCACAUAUGCCACCUGGUUUGGGCUAGAAGCAUUUGCAUGUAUGGGACACAUUUACCGUGAUGGGUUGGCAUGCAAGGAGGUGAUCAAAGCUUGUGAGUUCUUGGUUUCCAAGCAAAUGGCAGAUGGUGGUUGGGGAGAGGAAAUAGAAUCCUUCAGCCUUCACAAAUACAUUCAGCACAGUGAAUCUCAGAUCCACCAUACUGCUUGGGCUCUGUUAGGGCUGAUGGCUGUCAGAUUUCCUGAUGUUCAAGUUCUAGAAAGUGGGAUAAGAGUUGUGAUUGACAAACAGACUUCCAUAGGGGACUGGCCUCAGCAAGAUAUUGCCACAGGAUUGUUCGAGGCAGGCAAAAUCCAUUUUGAUAUAUACCGGAACGUCUUCCCUACUUUUGCACUUGCUCGCUUUAUUCGUCUUUAUCCAAGUAGUCCUGUUGCUAAACAACUUCUGAGCAGUGUAUCAGGACAUUUAGAUCAAGCUCAAACUGCAGGAUGCUGAGAAGACAUACGUCGUCAUUUGUGGGAACCUUAUUUUCUCCAUAUAGUGGAACCUUUCUUUCAUUUAAUGCCCUUUCUGAAGUACAGUAUGUGCUAGUAGUUUUUGUUAUUGUUGUUGUCUUCUAAAAGUGCCACGACAGCAUAUGAUACAAUAAAAUAUAUAUGGUUUAGUUCUCUCUC